GGGGCUGUCCCCGCAGAGCUCCGGGGCGCGCGUGUGUGGUGGUCGGGGCUCCAGCGAUAAUAAAUGAUAGAGGAUACGAUGACUUUGCUGUCUCUGCUGGGUCGCAUCAUGCGCUACUUCUUGCUGAGACCGGAGACGCUCUUCCUGCUGUGCAUCAGCUUGGCGCUGUGGAGUUACUUCUUCCACACGGACGAGGUGAAGACCAUCGUCAAGUCCAGCCGGGACGCCGUGAAGAUGGUGAAGGGCAAGGUGGCCGAGAUCAUGCAGAACGAUCGGCUCGGGGGGCUCGACGUGCUGGAGGCCGAGUUUUCCAAGACCUGGGAGUUCAAGAGCCACAACGUGGCGGUGUAUUCCAUCCAGGGCCGGAGAGACCACAUGGAGGACCGCUUCGAAGUUCUCACGGACCUGGCCAACAAGACGCACCCGUCCAUCUUCGGGAUCUUUGAUGGGCACGGGGGCGAGACUGCCGCUGAAUAUGUAAAAUCUCGACUCCCAGAGGCCCUUAAACAGCAUCUUCAGGACUACGAGAAGGACAAAGAAAAUAGUGUAUUGUCUUACCAGACCAUCCUUGAACAGCAGAUUCUGUCAAUUGACCGAGAAAUGCUAGAAAAAUUGACUGUAUCCUAUGAUGAAGCAGGUACAACAUGUUUGAUUGCUCUCCUAUCAGAUAAAGACCUCACCGUGGCCAACGUGGGUGACUCAAGAGGGGUCCUAUGUGACAAGGACGGGAACGCCAUUCCUUUGUCUCACGAUCACAAGCCUUACCAACUGAAGGAAAGAAAGAGGAUCAAGAGAGCUGGUGGUUUCAUCAGUUUCAAUGGCUCCUGGAGGGUCCAGGGAAUCCUGGCCAUGUCUCGCUCCCUGGGGGAUUAUCCACUGAAAAAUCUCAAUGUGGUCAUCCCAGACCCAGAUAUCCUGACCUUUGACCUGGACAAGCUCCAGCCCGAGUUCAUGAUCUUGGCGUCAGAUGGCCUCUGGGAUGCUUUCAGCAAUGAAGAAGCUGUCCGAUUCAUCAAGGAGCGCUUGGAUGAACCUCACUUUGGGGCCAAGAGCAUAGUUUUACAGUCAUUUUACAGAGGCUGCCCUGACAAUAUAACAGUCAUGGUGGUGAAGUUCAGGAAUAGCAGCAAAACAGAAGAGCAGUGAGCCCUUCAGGGUCUCAGCUGCCUUAGACUAAAGGACUUUCAACACACUGGUCUCUUUUAAUGUAGUGAAAGGUGUGGGAGUUGCAUUAGGGUCAUCCAUCCUGGACACGGGAUCCCCUCCCUGGCAGUCUUAGGUCUGUACGCAGUGAUAGACAGAGGGUGCUCUUGGCCAACGUAGUUGAGAGGCUGGAAAACGGUUUCUUCAUAUUUCCCAACUCUUUCAUCCAGUGUUUCAAAUAUAUAAAUAUCUAGCUGUAGAUUCACAUGUAUGACGUGAACGGCAUAUGUGCCAUAUAGUCUCCCUUUUAAGAUUCUCUUCAAGACCCUUGCGGCGCCCUCCGGGCAUCCGACUUUGUAUCCUCUCUUUGGGGCGGUGAGCAGGGCAGGCUCCCGAAGCGGCGGCGGGGGGCCGGGGGCGCAGGUCACCUGUGAGUCGGGGCAUGUGGCCACGCCCUUGCCAAGGGCAGCUGUCUGAGGAUGCUUUGUCCUCCUGAGCCCAGGAUUUCUGCUCAGCAGCGGCCCAGACACAGAUUUGGGAUGGUUUAUUAUUCCGCGCCUGCUGUUGGAGACUGAGGGAAGUGGGGAGGAUGAGAGCCGCCUGCACAGCAGAAAUAACCUUUUUCCCUCCCUCCCUUUAUUAGUUAAAUAGACUUUGUGUACCUAACCC